AUGUCCUACAGAUUUAAAGGUCCCGAUCGUGGAGAUCGUGGAGACCGUAAUGAUCGUGGCGGGGGCUACCACACCAACUACGAUGACAAGUAUCGGCGUGAAGUUGCUCCAAAACUUUCAAAUCUGUACGAUAGCUUUCGACCAUCAGGUCCACGAAAACACAACACAAAUCAUUAUGAUAGAGACGCUUACUACCGACCCAUGGAGCAUCGAAAUCCAUCCAAGCCAGCACAGACACCGUCCACAAACCCAAAACCAGAGUUUAAGCCAGAUCACGAACAAGAAAAUGGCCGUCACUCUCACCAUGGCAAUGUUCAAAAUCACACACGAUCGCCUCUCCAACCUCCAACGCCCAAUAGUGUGACCUCUGCGCCCGAGGAAGUGACGGGAACAGACCCCCGAACCGGAGUGAACCCCCAUGACCUUAAAGUUCCAACUUUACAGCUCCAUCGUGAUCAUCUCCAGCUCGAAUUUUCAUCACCAUCCGAUCCUCCAAAAAACUACAAGGUUCUCUACGAUCCAGAGAACGAUUCCCACAGAAACAAGUCCACCAACAAAUCAAAAAGCAAAGUAUUUCGCUUUAAUGGCUCGUCUGUAAGUGACCCACAAUCAUACAGUGAUGCCAUAAUCCACAGCUCCGAUAUCACCGAUCCACGAAAAAAGAUCCUUUCCACCUACUUUUCCAAACCCAACAAAAACUCCAAGAAAUUUCCAUUCAAGCAACUCCCACAGCCGCGAUUUGUGUUUGACAAGAACUCGGUGGGUCCUCCCCCGCAAACUGAGCUUGUGGUGUGGGACAUUCCAUCCACCACCAGCGAGGUCUACGUGACAAACUUCUUUAGAUCUCACGGGAAUGCGACCGAAAUUAACUUCCUCCAGGACCCAAUGUAUGCGGUACCUUUGGGCGUUAUGCUGUUUCGUUUCCAAGGCUCUCCUGACAAAUCAAUGCUUUUGGCCAAGAAUCUCCUCAAUUUCGUCCACCUUGAAAAACCCAAAAUCAACGGCGUGGUGCUCAAGAUAGAGCUUAAUGACCAUGAGGGAAAGUUGCUCCGUAGCAAGGUGGAAAUUGCCCAAAAUCGAAUUCGGCAAUCGAAACAGAAAUUGGAGAUGGAAGAACAGAAAAGAAGAGAGAUGGAAGAGGAAAAGAAACGUAAAGAGAUCGUUGCUCAGAGGGAGGAAGCACGCCAGAAAGAAUCACAAAACAAUACCUUCCAAAAAUACGACUAUAAACCAAACACCACCAUCAUGUCUGUCAAGUAUCGCAACAAGGUCAUUCCAGGAACAUUUCUUCCACGAGAAGUUCGUCAUAUCAUCAAAGACAACCCCUAUCUAUUCAUACACGACAAACACGUUUCCACACGGACCGUAUCUGCCCAGGAUAUCAAGCGUGUGCUCAACAAGUACAACUGGUCUCGAGUCCUACACGAGAAGGUAGGAUUUUUCAUAAUUUUCAAUUCUUUGGAGGAGUGCAAACGAUGUUUCUGGAAGGAAGAUGGGCGUAGGUUCUAUGAAUUUCGUAUGUUCAUGGAGAUGGCUGUGCCUGAAGGUUUUGAAGACAAGUCCACAACUUCUGCCACCAAAGGUGACGCCGUCGAAGAAGCAACGAAUAUGCUCAUACAAGAGUUCCAAGCAUACCUUAAAAAAGAUAUACGUGAGCGAGUAAUUGCACCCCAAGUAUUGGAAUUGUUGAACCCGGAAAGAUUUCCUGUUCUCAAGGCACAAUUGGACGAAGAGCGAACCAAGCAGGCACAAGCUGCUGCCGCUAGGGCCGAAACGAUUGCAAGCAAAAUCCAAGAAACUCGAAAUAAAGAAGGUGCUUAUGCUCUAAUGAAUAAAAAAGCGGCACAGUUACCCAGUUUCAAAAGAAAAGAAGGCAUAAAAAUGCAAGCGAAGAAGAGAGUUAUUCCUAUGCAGCAUGUCCUCAACUAUGAAAAUGACUCGGACGAUUCAGAAGACGAUUCAAGUCGUUCUGCUACUCCUGCUCCCGCGUUGAAGCGUGAACGCAGCCUGCCAGCAACCAGCUAUGACGAAGAAGCACCCUCAAAGAAGAAAAAGAAAACACUGCUCAAGACAAUGUUGCUUUACGACUCAUCAGAAGGAGAAGUUUCCGACAGUCCUGAAGAUCAAGUCAUGGAAGAUGCAGAGGAGGCGGCUGACCAAGUGGACGAUUUUGCCGAUGUGGAUGUCAAGUUCAGACCUACAUUACACUCUUCAGUUCCGGUGUACCCUGAGGAUGAAUUUGUUGACGAGUUCGACGUCAAUUAUAUCCAAUCUUCCAUCAAAGACGAGGAAGAUUUGAACAUUGCAAAGAGCAUUCUUUCUGAGUUGAAGCCUUCCACAAUAGCAAAUGUGGACUACUGGGCGUGGAAGCAAAAAGAGACUCGAAAGCCAGAGGAAAUUGCCGAAAGUGUACAUCUAAUUGAACCUCUUGCACCCAAAUUUGAGUCGGCAAGUGGCUCUUUCCGCAGUGAAGGAUACAGAAAAAUACCCGAUACUGACAAGAUCGAAUACUUGCCUCAUCGGCGCAAAAUUUACAAGCCUGUCAAGACCGUCCAACACGAAGAUGACGAGACUUCUGCGAACAAUGGAAACGGUACGAAUAACAGCACUGCGGUGCAUAGCUCUCGUGUGAACCGUGCCAACAACAGAAGAUUGGUGGCUGAUAUAAGUGCCCAGAAGCAAAUGCUUGGAAGCGAAACUGACAUUUUGGAUCUCAAUGCGUUGACGAAAAGAAAGAAACCGGUGACUUUUGCGAGGUCCGCGAUCCAUAACUGGGGCUUGUACGCCUUGGAAUCAAUUGCUGCGAAGGAGAUGAUUAUAGAGUACGUUGGGGAGAGUAUUCGACAGCAAGUAGCCGAGCACCGUGAGAAGAGUUACUUGAAGACAGGCAUUGGGUCGUCGUAUCUUUUCCGAAUUGACGAGAAUUCAGUGAUCGAUGCAACCAAAAAAGGCGGAAUAGCUCGUUUCAUCAACCAUUGCUGUAACCCUAGUUGUACUGCCAAGAUCAUCAAAGUGGAAGGAAAGAAGAGAAUUGUCAUUUACGCUUUGCGAGACAUCGAAGCUAACGAAGAACUCACCUACGACUACAAAUUCGAAAGAGAGACGAACGACGACGAACGGAUCCGUUGUUUGUGUGGUGCCCCUGGCUGUAAGGGCUAUUUGAACUAG